AUGGAAGUAUCUACAUUUCCAAAAUCAAGUUCAAGUCCAUCAUUAACGCGUUUGACAGUUAGCACUGAUAAUGGUGUCUCAGUAUCAUCUGAAGCUUCAGAUUACAGCUCAACCAGUUUUACAUUGGCACCAUUCUCGUCAAAAUUAACCGAUGUAAGUGUUGUUUCAUUGGCAUCUACAACGUAUUCAAGUUUCACUACCAUUGCCUCUAUAGUUCCAGAAGUGAUGCGAACAACAACUGAUUUAGCCUCACAAUCACCGGAAAUAUUGUCAAGUACUACUGAGACUAAAACAACAGAACAUUUAAUUCAAACUUCAAAAGUGGCCUACUCAUCUCAAGAAAGUGGUUCAAGUACUUAUGCAUUCACUGCGUCUUCGCAAUUAUUUAAUUCAAGCACACUAUCUGUAGGAAUGUCACAGUCUCCAAAAGCGGUUUCAGCAAAUAUUAUUAUGUCAUCGACAUUACGGGAUAAAAUUACUGAGGUUUCUCUUUCAUCAACGCAGUUGCCAAAAGGAAGCAGCACAGAUUUUAUUUUGUCUUCUACAUUAUAUGAUAAGAAUACUGAAGUAUCGUCUUCAUUAACUCAGCUGCCCAAACAACUCACUACAUAUGUUCUUAUGUCAUCAACAAGUCAUGAUAAGAUCACUGAGGUCUAUAAUUUGUCAACAAAUGAGCCUGAAGCAGGCACCACUGAUUUUGUUUCGUAUACAAACGAUGCAGGAUAA